AGGCGUUCAAGAAGAAAGUUAGGUCUUAGUAGCUGAUCGGAGUUGAUCAAAGUUAGUUCGCGACAUAUUCGAUCUCGACAAUUUUCGAUAUACACACACACGAUGAAUACUUUCAUUUUUUGUGCCUUGAUUAUGGUCUGGACUUGUAUGAGUUCUGCAGGAAGCAACAACUUUCGAAAUUCGUACAAAGAUAAUGGAUAUCACUUGGACUAUCGGGAAGUAGCAAGGCAAAAUAAGAUAACAGAACAGAUUCUGCAGAAUUAUUUAGAGAAGCGACUGUUUCCUCAUAGACGAAAAACUUCAAGAACACCUUCUGUAUGGGAUAUACUGCCAAAGGGAGGUAGAAGGAAUGUACAGAGUAUACAAGAUCAGUUGAGGGAUGUUACCCCUAGAAAUGAGAGUUUGGAGAGCGGGGAGUCUGAGAAUGUACAGACUGUCUAUGACGAUGACAGCAACGAGAUAGAAGAAGAUUGUCCCAACUGCAUAGAAGAUAGUUUACCAGCACCAAACCGAUGGACCAUGCCUUUGCUGAAGCUGGGCGAGAAACGAUAUUAUCUCGGAAUAUUCUUCAAGGCAAACUACUUCAGGGCAAUGCAGUAUUGUCGAUUUCAUGGCAUGCACCUUGCCAGUAUAUCAUCCCAAGAAGAGAAUGAUAAAUUGGAAAAAUACAUCAAUGACUUCGGGUUUGGAAAUGAGCACUUCUGGACCUCUGGUACCGAUUUGGCAGAUGAGGGCAAAUUCUUCUGGAUGGCCACUGGAAGACCGGUAACCUUCACCAACUGGAACGCUGGAGAGCCUAACAAUUUCCAGUACGAAAACGGGGAGGAAGAAAAUUGCCUGGAACUGUGGAACAGGGACGGACGAGGGUUGAAAUGGAACGAUUCACCAUGCUCCUUCGAGACUUAUUUCGUUUGUGAGGUGCAGUGAGGAGAUUCGGACAAAAUCGCACUUUUGUGAUAAUAACUGAGUUAUAUUGUUGUACCAACUGACGAUUUGCUCUAAUCGUCUGCGUAGCUCAUGAAGCCAAAAUGUUCUGGACACUACCCUGUAUUUUUGGAUUCAGUGCUUUCCAGAACACACAUGACAUGACUUAUCGUAGAUAAACACUGUGACCUAUGAGAGACAUCCUUCUGCUCUAUGACAUCCAGUGAAAUUUCGUAGACAGUGUAACGAAGUGAAAUAACAAAUAUAUCUGCAACUUUUUCAUCUUGGGAAUCCACUAAAAUCAGGAAAAAAAUGUGCUAUAAUUGUUAUUUUAUAAUGCAAUGCAAACAUUAGAAAUUUACCAUUACCUGUAAAUAAUUGAUAGCAAUUAAUCAAAACCGUAAAAGGGUAUUAUUUUAAGUAAAAACUGCAUGAUGGGUUGAAAAUAAGAAAAUGAAUGAGGCAACACCAAUUCAAACGAAAUAUAAAAUCUUGUCUAGUCAAUACCGGUGGACCAAUUGGUGUACCAUCUGCUUCUUAUUAUUACAAAUUGUAUUUGUAAGUAGAUAGAUGUAUGAUGUGAUAGUCAAGAAAAACUACAGAUAAAUACAGUGUGAUACAGCUCAUGUUAAUAAAACCAAUCUGAAAAUA